UAAACAGGUGGUCAUACUCCGCCACACAGAGCCCGCAGCCGCGAUGAAACGGAACGAGUACCGAUUUUAACUAACUUCUGAGCCGCCAAGGUGCAGAAUCAAAGAUUAUUCAUGGUCUGGACUUCAAAGUACGGGAACCUUUGAUCCAGAGUUUCCCUUGGAUACGGGAAGGUCUAAGGAGAAGUGGAAACUAUGAAAGUGACGGUGUGUUUUGGAAGAACUCGGGUCGUGGUUCCGUGCGGAGACGGCAACCUUAGAGUGCACACGCUCAUUCAGCAGGCCGCUAUGCGGUACAGGAGAGCCAUCGCCAAGGGUGAAGAGUACUGGGUGCAGGUGUACAGGUUGGAACAUGGUGAUGGAGGAAUUCUGGAUCUGGACGAUGUUCUAUCUGAUGUGGCAGACGACAAAGACAGAUUGGUGGCGGUGUAUGAUGAACAGGAGCCUCAUGUUGGUGGUGAUGGCACCAGUGCGAGCUCCACGGGCACACAGUCACCUGAGCUCUUCUCUGGAGAGCCGUCCACCUCCACCCCACUGUCUGCCUUCCAGCCGUAUCUGCCCCACAGCGAGAUAGAGGUCACCACCUCCACGCUCCGAACCAACAUGCCUUUGCACGUUCGUCGCAGUAGCGACCCAGCGUUGUUGAACAUGACGGCGAUGUCAUACUCUGAGCAGGGCGCACAACCCGAAGAACCUUCCAGGAAAAACCCCACACGUUGGUCAACUACUGCCGGUUUCCUGAAACCACAUUUCUCCACUGGCACCAACAGUCUGGAGAGAAAGGGGCGAGGUGUAGACACAUACCGUAGUCUUCCUCGCGAUGCUGGGCAGUGGAACAAUCAGAGAGAGUUUCAGCGUGAGACAGCCCGUUCUUCACUAAGUGCCAAUCAUCCAAUGGUGGACCGCUGGCUGGAACGACAGGAACAGGAAGAGGAGGAGAAUGGCAGAAUAGAACCGGUGGGACGUGCAGAUACUUGUUUAGAACAAGUGGGAGUGAGAUCACUAGAUGAUAUUGUGAAACUGGUUGAAGUGUCCAACGAUGGAGGUCCACUCGGCAUCCACGUGGUGCCCUUUAGUGGUCGUGAUCGCAGGACGUUAGGUCUGAUAGUGAAGCGUUUGGAGCGUGGAGGAAAGGCUCACAUUGAGAGUUUGUUCCAGGAAAAUGACUGCAUCAUUCGAAUCAAUAACGGAGACUUGCGGAAUGUCCGUUUUGAGCAAGCUCAGAACAUGUUUCGUCAGGCUAUGCGUACUCCUGUCAUUCUUUUCCAUGUGGUACCAUCAUCUAUGAGAUCCCAGUACGAACAGAUAUCCCAUAAUGAAAACAACCCCAGGCUUAACUUUGAGCUUUCUGGACACUUCAGCCCUGACUCCCUUACCAACGAGCCAGUCGGCAACACUGGAGUGGAUGAUGCAGCUCACCGACUGGCACAGCACAGGCCAAACCCACCUAAUAAUAAAUCAGAUAUCAGCUCUCCCAUGCAUCAUACUAUUGGCUCUGCAGGGAAACCUCCAUCAGGCCACACCACCUCUCCCCAAAGAGGCUUAAGCCCCACCCCCGUAACAGGCUUCAUUAAAAAGGUUGGACGGAGACAAGGAAUUCAGCUUAGAAAAGGGCCUGAAGGUCUUGGUUUCAGCAUCACAUCAAGAGAUGUCCCCUUAGGAGGUUGUGCCCCUAUUUACGUGAAGAACAUCCUCCCAAGAGGAGCAGCCAUACAGGACGGGCGACUGAAAGCAGGGGACAGGUUACUUGAGGUCAAUGGUGUGGAUCUAAAUGGGCGUGGUCAGGAGGAGGUGGUUUCUCUGCUGAGGGCGACGCCCAUGGGCGGAACAGUGAGUCUGCUGGUGCUGAGACAGGAAGAGACCUUUCUAUCCAGAGAGAUGAACAUAGAACCAGCAAUGCAGGACACACAAGAAUUGAAGGUAGAAGAGGAGGAGUUGGUCUUAACCCCAAAUGGUACGCGUGAGUUCCUGACUUUGGAAGUGCCUCUGAGUGACUCUGGCUCGGCAGGUUUAGGGGUCAGCGUCAAGGGUAACAGGUCAAAGGAGAGCCACGCUGACCUGGGUAUCUUCGUCAAGUCUAUUAUCAAUGGAGGAGCAGCAUGCAAGGAUGGCAGACUGCGAGUCAAUGAUCAGCUCAUCGCUGUCAAUGGGGAGUCGUUGUUUGGGAAAACCAACCAAGAUGCCAUGGAAACGCUGCGCAAGUCCAUGUCAACGGAAGGGAACAAGCGAGGGAUGAUUCAGCUUAUCGUGGCAAGAAGAAUAAACAAGCGGGGUGAGAGCCAAUGCAGUCCACGUGGGUUAGAGCGGACACUGAGCCCAUCUCCUGACGACCACGAGCGACGGAUUUCACACACAUUAUAUGGCAUUGAGGGGCUCGAUGACAACCUGAGACCACAAGUCAACACAAAUAACCGCAAUAUGAAUUAUUAUCAGCUCUCGCCAACGGUGAACAUGCCUCAGGAUGACACAGUCAUAAUUGAAGACGAUAGGCCUCGUGUUCUCCCCGCCCACCUGUCUGAAUCCUCAUCCAGCUCUCACGAUGACAUGGGUUUUGCUGUGGAGACUCCUCCGCCACCACCCUGGGACCAAGAGCUUCCCACUAGCUCUCCCAGUGCUAAUGAUGAGGGGGCUUUUCAGAGGGAAGGUUUUGGCAGGCAAAGCAUGUCUGAGAAACGCACCAAACAGUAUGGAGACGCAAGCCAGCUGGACAUCAUCAAGACCCGCAAGUCCAAGAGCAUGGAUCUAGUGGCUGAUGAGAUUAACCUCACUCAAUGCACAGAGAACCACACAGGCUCUUCCUCACAUGAUGUUGGCCCAUCUCUCGGCCUGAAGAAGUCCAGCUCUCUGGAAAGUUUACAGACUGCUGUUGCGGAGAUAACGCUCAAUGGCGAUCUUCCCUUCCACCGGCCACGCCCACGCAUCAUACGGGGACGGGGCUGCAACGAGAGCUUCCGAGCUGCAAUUGACAAAUCGUACGACAGGCCAGCAGCCAAUGAGGAUGAAGAGGAGUGCAUGGAAACAUUGGAGGAGGACAAUGAAGGAAGCUCUCGGUCAGGGCGGGAUUCUGUUUCUACGGUAGCAGACUUAACUCCACUUCCUGUCACCGAGCAACAGCUGGUCAGUGGCAACCAGCCUCAAAACGACAAGAAGAAAGAAAAAGCAGGGAAGGACAAAAAGAGGCCUGAGAAAGAAAAGAGUAAAACAAAGAAAGGAAUGCUCAAGGGCCUUGGAGAGAUGUUCAGGUUCGGGAAGUACCGUAAAGAUGAGCGUUUGGAUGGUGGAAAGUGGAAGGCAGAGGAAACGCAUGCAUCAGAGGAGGAGACACGCCGAAUGAAACAAGAACAAGAGAGGAUCCAGGCUAAAACGCGGGAGAUUCGUCAGCGUCAGGCCAGAGAAAGAGACUACGCUGAGAUCCAGGAUUUUAGCCGGCCCGCGUUGACCUCACUUCCUGCCGAGGAGCUCCCGUACGCCGGCAUCGGCUCGUUGGAUCAUGGCGGGUACCAUCGGAUCCACACUCCUCCAGACUCGCCAUAUUCACACAAACAGAAUGCCCGAAAUGGGCACCACUCUACAUCAGACAGGCUGUCGCCGAGCAACCACGAACGAAUCCAGCGUUUACGGCAGGAGUUCCUUCAGAUCAGACAGGAAGAGGUGGAGCCAGAAGAUCACCACCGCACCUACAGCCUAGAGCAGCCAUGGUCAAACUGCAGCACACAAACCUCAUCUGGCUGUCAUUCAGUGUCUGUGGAGGUGCAGUUACAGAGACAGGAAGCCAGAGAUGCUUUCACGCAUGCUCAGAGACAGUACAGCUCUUUACCACGCCAUCCUCGUAAGACGCCCACUCCAGCUUCAGAAAGCGAAUGGGAGAGGACGUGUCCACCUGACGACGGUUUCCAGGCAGCUAAAGACAGUGGUCGUUACUCCAGCUACCAGGGCCUUCGUUCCGUCCCGCGCACCAUUCCUCAUUCCAGCUGCAGGAACGGCCUUUCUGCUCCCCCGGCAUCUGGUGGUACUACAGUAGGUGGCGGCUACAAUGCUCGCGUCCUAUUGGAGGCCCAGGAACUCCUCAGGCAGGAACAGAGACGUAGAGAACAGAAAAUGAAAGGAAGAGGCCCAUCAAUCCGCUUGGACUACGAAUCCCAAGAUUCCAAAGGACCCCUAAGACAGGAUGUCCCACCAUCCCCUUCACAGGUUGUUCGACUCGGCCGCAUACACACACCUGAGAAAUCACAGCCGUUUUUGUCAUGAGAAAAACAGGGAAACUCAUUCACCAUAUACCCAAUUAAAAAAACGGAAUGGUGGACAAGAUUUUUGUGUGCAACCGCUGAUAGACACAAACAUUUGUUAGUCUGGUAGUUGUACUGUACACAGACUCCGCCUCCCACAGUGCCUUUUGAUUAUAAGGUUAUAGUUGUCCCGGCCUAUCCGACAGCUCAUUGGUGCAUCCAGUGGAACUCUUCAAGCGCUGUGAGGACCUUCAUGCUCUGACAAUCAGCCUGACACAAAUGACUUCUGCUCCUCUGUAGAACCAUGUAAAAUUAUUACAUCAGUGAAAAUUAGCAGUUUUCCUGCAUUGUGUAAGUUUUUAUGAAGUUUUGUUAGCUAUGGUGAAGUAGAGCUUUUUUACAAAGAUUUGUCAGAUGAACAAAGGAAUGUUUAAAGAAAAAAUUCUGAUGUAAUUUAUUGACCCUCAUGUCAUUCCAAUCUGCUAUGAUUUUCUUUCUUCUGUGGAAAACAAAUUGACCAGGUGACCAGGAACUGAUUAGCAUAAAAAAUUACAACAACAACAGAAAAAAGCAUCAUAAAGUUGUCCAGAUGACUUUACUUGUGCAGAAGUAAGUUAUACAGGUUUGGAACAACAUGAGGGUAAGAAAAUGAUGGCAGAAUUUUUGUUUCAUGUGGGUACAGAGUGAGAGUGGACAAGCAGGAGAGUAAAGAAAAAGAAAAUCCCCAAAAAUGAGUGAGGAAAUCUACAAAUGGGGUUAUAGAUAGCAGGUCAUUAAUUGAUGUUCCUCAUUAAAUUUUCAGAGGGCUUUCACACACAGACACAGUAUACUCAACCCACUGCUGCCUGCCAGGUGUCUGUGUGAGUCCCUGCUCUCCCAGAUGACCCACACUGAAUUUUUCAUAACACUCCACCAGCUGCCCCUGCAUUGACAGGCCACAGUGCUUUGUGAAAGUUCAGGCACAAAAGUUGUCUUCCCAUUUGAACACAUGUUCGUAAAGAAAACUAUGAAUUAUAGAUGCAUAGAUCAAAUAUAUCUGUGCGCCAAACCGAUAUCCGAUUAUUUAAAACAGCAUCUGCCAGUACUGAUAAUUGUACGGUUCAGCUUAUUUUAUGCUACCAUGUUUCAGAUCACUGGUAAUUAAUUACAUAACUUUAAAAUAAAUUGUAGCCUGUUUUAGCCUCCAUUUUAUCUUUGACAUACUCAUUUUGUUCCUUGCUGUGUCAAGCUUUAAGAUAAUCAAAUUAGUUGUGAUAAAGUUUUAACAGUAGUGCCACCUCGUGAAAUUGUAUUAUUGCCGUCAUUGUCACGCAAGUCAAAGUAAUUUCACAAAUAUUUUUUUUUACAAACAGCACGAGUUACAGGCUAAUUGACCUUUUGCUAAGCCCCGCCUUAAAAGCGUUUCAGACCAGUCCUAACUUAGUUGCAGUCUGCCAUUUCUCUGACAAGCGCUUGCUGUUUUCCAAUGAGAGUCUUUGACAGUAAUGUGUAGUUUUAUGCAGAAUUUCAUAGAAAUUAUCAAAAAAUGCACAAAAAAAAGGCAUUGUACACGAGGUACCUAGAAAGGACACGCGCAAUGUUUUUUUCUUUUCUUUUUUUUAUCUUUAAAUAUACUCGAGAGGUGCGUGCCAUGGUUUAAAAUGUGUAAUUCCUCAUUCCCAAAGGAACUUGUUUAAAAUCAGCAAGGACACCAACAUUUGAUCCUAGGUAAAUUAAAGCUCAUAAUUAACGUUUAUUCAUGUAUUGAUUCAGGUCUUCAUAAAGGCGAUAGUAAAUAAAGUUCACAGAAUUGAUGUUAUGAGACAUUAUGAGCAGAUCUGUUCACUUCUGCUAACGUUAUCAGGUGUGUAAUCGCUAUCAAAUGACAAUUUUCUCUUUUCAAGCGACUGUGUUAAUCGUUUGCUUCAAUUCUGAUUCACAGUCUCCACAAUUUUACAAUUUCUUUUACAAAAAACAUAAAUAUGCUUUAUAAUGUCACUCUUCAUUCCAGCCUUUGUCGAAUUGUAUUGAUUGUUUAUGAGUAUGUUUUGCCAAAACCGCACCGUUCACUGCAGUCUCCAAUUCAUUCCUAUGGGAAGUUCUGAAAAACUUGUCAGAGUGAGCAACGGUAACCAAGGUGGGUGGAGCUUAGCAAAGCGUAAAUUAUCUGACAUGUUUUUCCACCCUUUUUGAUUGACAGGAAAUAAUUGUCCCUGAUCAUCAGCCUUUUAAAAAAAAAUCUGCAUAUGUCUGAUAGUAUGGAUAAAUGCUUUUAUCAGCCGAUACCGAUGAUUGGCCGAAACAUUGGUGCAUCUCUAGUAUGAAUACUGUGCCCAAUACGUGAAUUUUGUAUAUGCAUGGAAUAACCAGUUGACCAACUAUCAUCUGUGAAUUUGAGUAAUAUCAGUAUCAGGAAGUAAUAUCUGCUGGGAAUUUUGAUGUAUAACAUUUGAUUAUAACAUCGACUUGGAUUACCAAGAGUAUGCGAAAAAUAAUGCGAAAUAACUUUCAUUUUUUAACGGAAAUACUAGACGCCACUUGUUGAAAUAAACAAUGCAAUACAAAUGUAAUACAGUUUGAAACAUUUAGCAUUGGAUGAAUACAUUUUUUUUUUUUAAAUGCUUACAAAUCUGUAUUCAGUGUAUUAUAUUCUAAAAAGAGCCAGCACUCACAUCCCCCUAUAGAUCACACUAUAUAUACACAAAAUAGAUAGAUUUAUGAAUCUUAUUAAUUAUUAAGUGGAAAGUCUUUAACAGACUAAUGAGCUUGUGUCUUCAACUUUAUAAGUCUCACUCAAACUCUGCUGGAGCUGUCAGCUGCUGAGAUGGCAAAUCUGCAGUACAGUGUUAGUGAUGCAGAUUGAGAUCACAAACUAGAACUUUGAGUUCUGUAGAGAUGAAAGUUCUGGGCUUUGAAUCAAGAGCUCCUGUUGAGCUGAUACUCUCAGACUGCAGUGUAACAUGCCAGGUCAGUGCUUUGUGUGUGUAUGUGUGCGGGGGCAGUGCCAUAUGAGCCAGCCGAUGCUCGUUUGACACAUAACAGUGUGACACAAUGGUGUGAUACACUACUGCCCAGGCACAGAUGGUUGGUUGCAUUGUGUGUGGAUGAGUGUGUAUGUGUGUGCUGGUAUCGAGAUGACAACAUGAAAAGUGCCUCAUUAUGACAUGUUGGACUCCAAACAAUCAGACACUUUGAUUUCUCAUUGUUUUCUUUGUACCACGGUAUGCUGCAUGAAAUUUGUUCCUUAUGAUACUUGGAAGAUCAGGAAAUAACAUAAGCCCGUUAUAUAUGUUUGCCUCCUUUUUAUCCUUUUCAACUGAAUGAAACCUCUUUUGCACCUUUAUAAAUGUCAAAUUUCCAGAUAGUAAUGACCAUUUUAAAUGAAUUGUUAAAUACGUGGCUUUGGCACAGAUGGACUGAUUCUUUAAUUUAUGUGUGUAUCAUAGCAACCGUCUCCAUAUGCUGUUAUGUGUUUUAAAAGGUCAGGGGUCAUGAAGGAGCAAUGAUAUGAAGUUUCUGACAGAUUUUGAUGAAUCAAUGUCAGAUUUUCUUUUUGAAAAUCUUUGUGUUAGUUUGUUUACAGGACUAUGUACAGUUGUUGUUUUUUUUUAAGCUUUUGUUUCUGCCUUUGUGCAUCAUGUGUCUGUUAUUUUGUUUUGUUUAUUUGCUGUUCAGAAUUUUGUAUUAGAAACAGCAGCUGUUUUGACUAUACAAAACUCUUGUAAAAUAAAGGAAGGGAUGCUCUUCUGUG